AUGAAGUUAGAUACCAAGUAUAUGCAAUAUUUGACACCAGAGGACUGGAAAUUGUUGAAUGCUGUUGAAAUUGGGUCUAGAACCCACGAGGUUGUUCCUACUAAGCUGAUAUGUCAAACAGCAUCACUUAGAAACGGUGCAGGUGCUGCCAACAAGGCUAUCUCUGAUCUCGCCAAGAUUAGUCUCAUUUCCAGAUUGCGGAAUGCAAAAUAUGAUGGUUACAAGCUCACUUAUAAUGGCUUCGAUUAUCUUGCAUUGAAGAAUAUGCGAGAAAAUAAUACUUUUAGUACCCUUGGUACGACUAUUGGAGUGGGUAAAGAGUCUGAUAUCUAUUCGGCAUUUGGGCCCAAGCAGGAAAGAAGAGUGUUGAAGAUUCACCGUCUUGGUAGAGUGUCGUUCAGGUCUGUGAAGACGAAAAGGGACUAUUUACGCAACAAGCAGGCUCAAAGUUGGAUGUAUUUAUCGAGGCUUGCAGCAGAAAGAGAAUGGGAUUUCAUGAAUAUUUUGUAUGACAAUGGAUUCAGUGUUCCAAAGCCUUAUGACUAUACAAAGCAUUGUGUUCUCAUGCAGCGGAUUGAAGGAUUUACCAUGAAGAUCCUCCGAAAGCAUGCUUCUUACAGGAAGUUGUACAGCCAAUUGAUGCAGUAUAUAGUGAGACUAGCAGAUUAUGGACUGAUCCACGGAGAUUUCAAUGAGUAUAACAUCAUGAUCAAGGAAGACGGUACAUGGGAUCCAGAGAAGGAAUUAGGAUUCGUGGUGAUUGAUUUCCCUCAAUGUGUCUCAGUUGAGCAUCCUGACGCAGAAUUUUACUUUGAGAGAGAUGUUGAAUGUGUCAGAAGGUUCUUCAAAAGGCGGUUCAAGUACAUUCCUAAAGAAGACAGAGACACUGAGGACACUGAUGGAUAUGGUGAGGAAUACAAGUAUGCAUAUCCGGUGCUUAGUCGAGAUGUUGAGAGAAAAGGUGAUUUGGAUGUUCAGGUUCAGGCAUCAGGGUAUAACAAGCAGUUGAAUAGGAUUGACAGGGAUUUACAGGGAGCAGUUCAGAGUAUGAAUAUAAACGAAGGAGAAGAAGAAGGAGAACUUGAAGAAGAAGGAGAACUUGAAGAAGAAGAAGAACUUGAAGAAGAAGGAGAACUUGAAGAAGAAGAAGAACUUGAAGAAGAAGGAGAACUUGAAGAACCAGAGCAACCAGAGGAACUCAAGGAACUUGAAGACGAAGAAAAUGAAAAAAUUAUAGACGUCCUAAGUUCAGGAGGAAACUUGAAAAUGGACAAACUGGGAAACUAUAUACUAGACGAAGAACACUAA